UCCACGCACCCUAGGCCAUUACCCUAGCAACUCUGAUCUUCUUAGAUCUUCACUGAAAAAAGUAUCUUUUGAAGUAUAGCAAAAUCUUCUCUUUCAAUGGCAAACCCUAAGGUGUUUUUCGAUAUGGCGAUCGGCGGCGCACCAGCCGGAAGGAUCGUCAUGGAGCUCUACGCCGAUUGCGUUCCCCGCACCGCUGAGAACUUCCGUGCUCUGUGUACCGGUGAGAAGGGGAUCGGAAAGAGUGGAAAGCCCUUGCACUUCAAGGGAUCCUCCUUCCACCGUGUGAUCCCUGAUUUUAUGUGCCAGGGAGGUGAUUUCACCGCCGGAAACGGUACCGGAGGUGAGUCGAUCUACGGCUCCAAGUUCGCCGACGAGAACUUCGUCAAGAAGCACACCGGUCCCGGCAUUCUAUCCAUGGCUAAUGCUGGCCCUAACACCAACGGAUCUCAGUUCUUCAUCUGUACAUCCAAGACUGAGUGGCUCGAUGGGAAGCACGUCGUUUUUGGCCGUGUCGUUGAGGGUAUGAACGUGGUGAAGGACGUGGAGAAGGUUGGCUCCAGCAGUGGUAGGACCUCUAAGCCAGUGACGAUCGCUGACUGUGGCCAGCUCUCUUAGAUUUCUCGGCCGUGGCGGUCUAAACAAAGUCUAUUGUGGGUCGGUCUCUUCCGCAAAUAGUUUAAUUUCAAUUUAGUAAUGGUCUUUCUUUUUUAUCUCCCUAUCUUGUUUUAGGCUUAUGGGAUGUGACUAUGGCUAUAUGGUGGUAACGGGUUCUCUUACUGAGACCACAUGGAUACUGCUUUUUUUUUUUUACUCUUUUUUUCGUUUCUUGCUCUCCAUGUUAUCUGGGUCUGGUGGUUCUGAGACUUCUAUUACCUGUUGAAAUGAGCUAUCUUAAAUAAGAAAGAAAAUAGGUCCUUUCUGUUA